AUGUCUGCCCAACACUCAGGCCGUCAAUCUCCCCCAGAGGAUCGCCAAUCCGGUAUCCAGCAGCGUGAUCCCCCAUCCAGUGGCAAGAUCGGAUCUUCAUCUUCCCGCCCCGCAUCGGACUUUGCUCACCAGGAAUCCGAGCGAUCGAAGAGUGAAAUAUUGACGAGUAACCCUGAGCAUCCGCUCGAGAAGAUUGAGGCGGACAAGUAUAAGAAGGGAACAGGAAACUUUUCAAUCCAUUGA